UAAGGAUUAGAUCCAUCUUGUUUCAAUUUGUUAUGGUAAGAUUUAGGGGGCCCACAACGAGGCCAUUGUCUCCAUCCAUUAAGACCAAUCAUCGGAUUGCCCGGCAGUUUAACAUAGAUGUCCACUUCCUGCUCACUAAACGUGAAAUUGAUGCUUAACAGGCUGGAACACCUCGCCAGUAAAUUUGAAUGUCAUUUCCACUUUUGCAUAUGGCCGGUAUAAUUAGUUUUCUGCAAUGCGCCGUGCGUGGAAACAGUCGUGAUAAUGAAAUGCGCGUUGGCCUUCAACACUACAUAUAUGAUUGAGGGCAGGAAUAGUCUCCCCGCAACAUUAAAUUCAACUUUGCCAACACUGGAUAGCUCCUGAUCAGGUCGUCCUGGGACGCAUCUUUGUUAAAGAAAUUAAACUUUUAUUAUGGAGCCUUAUAUGAGUUAUUAUUGGUAAACUGUAGGAGUCCAGUACGUUUGUGUGUGCAUAUAUGUACAGUCCAACAUGUUUGAAUCUAAUAGCCUAAGUAGACACAUAAUGUACAUCCAUUCAUUGACUGCAGUGAGUAUUAGAGAUUAAUGAUAGGACAUUAAAUCGGAUUGUUAUAUGCACCAACUCGCGUCCAUCUUUUUGCCAUUAAAGCAACAUGAUAGGGAAUAGUUUCAUCGGAUUUACACUGGCUGAAACAGCAUCCUCGAACCAUAAUCCUCGAAUUUCAACCGGUUGCUAUGACAGCAUGCCAAGAGCACACCAGAUAUUGUUUCCUUUCAAAAAAGCUGCUUCAAAAUAAACAACUGAACGCUGCGAGAAGACUGACAAGCCCAUGCGUGUGAACAACAGAGAGAAAAUGAUGCUACCAGAAGAUACUUGGAUGAAAGGAAGCCCCAAGCCCUUCGUGAGUGCUUUUGCGCCUUUUCCGCGCUCCACCUGGAUCCAUCCGCACGUGCCGAUGGACAACUUUGACCGGGUCUGCAGAAACAUCUGGAGAAGAGAAAAUGAGGUAGAGGAGGAGCUUGACAGAUGUAAAAGUUCACCUGAGAGACAGCACAGUAGAGACUGCAAGGCUCCAGACAGCAAACCACUUCACCGGGCUGAGGAGAAGCAGAAAGAGACAGAUGAUUUGGACCUGAGCAGACAGAAGGACAAGCAGCAAUACAACACUGACUUCAUCCUUCCUUCCCCUUAUCUCUCGGGCCACAUGCAUGCCUAUGUUGGCAAGCCUGCACAGUCAUGUCAGGAGAGAGAUGAAACAGAUGAACAAAGUAGUAUUGAAACUUCCCUUAAGAAGAUUUGGGUUCCCCAAUCCAGCAGCAGAAAAGACAAACAGAGCUCUGCACCUGAACCUCAACGUCUGGUGACAAAUCCGAUCUGCUCUGCCACUGAGAGCCACACCCCAUGCCUGCAGGAGAAGGAAAAUCCUUCCAAACUACCUAGGGAUACAUGUGAAAGCGAGGAUGAGCAGAGCAUAAGAAGCAGCUCUGACAGCAACUCUAGUGAUGAUGAUGAUCUUGUAACUCUACCUGGGGCGCGAAACUGCGCCACUGAUAGCAGUGGUGAUGACUCAGCAAGCGACAACAAUGACUGUGAAGAAGAGGAAAAUGAUAUUCCACACUCAUUUGAUGAAUUAAGCUCUGACAGUGAGCAGGAUUCCCCAUCCUCUAGCACAGAGAAGGACUCUCCUCCACCAUCUACUAUCAAGGCUGGCAUUUUACCAUGUCCCACGGAGCCUCCAGCCUCGGGGAAGAUGCAUGGCCAGUGGGAGAUUCCCCUUUCAUUCCACCCACAUGACAUCCCCACUGCCACUUUGGCAAGCGGUGUGACCGCCCAUGCGCAGGCUCCUGUCCAAAGCAAAGCAGAAGCACCUCAGGCAAACUCGAAAACCAACGUACCACCGGCAGCCUCAACGCAGCAGGAGGCUUAUGACCUACUGGCUGAUUUCCCAGCUCUCCAGCCCCCAAAGAAACCUUUAGCAUUGGGUGUAUUGCGUGAUGGGAAUCCCAAGACUAAAAAUGCAGCAGGGAAAAGAGAGCUUACUCAUUUACCAAACCACUGCCAAAAGAUGGCUUCCCAUCAGAGGAGGAUGGAAAAUGUGCCCCGCGAGGUCUUCUCCAUCUGUGCAGGAGAUCAAAAAUCUGUGCUAGACCUUCAAACAUUUGGCUCGACCAACCAAGUCAAGUCUCCUGCCAUCAGCUGUGAGGAGAUGAAGGCCAACAAUCAUCCGCCUCCUACAGUUGCAGGUACAGAUGGCGUGGGUGUUAAUGCCAGGUCCUGGGCUAGCGCUGCCAAGGCGGGCAUGAAGCAAGCAGCUGCCCCUCAGGAGAAAGCCAGACCUUGUACCUUUCAGCAGAUAGUUACCAUUAACAGAGCCAAAGCCGGGUAUUCUGCUGUUCAGAACUUCGGCAACAAAGUGACUCCUUUUCAUCAGGCGGCCAGUCCGAUGGUGACUGCUACGUGUCAUGGCCCUCGACACCGAAACCCAAACCGGUUUGUUAAACCAGGUUUAAACACCCACCAGCAGUUUGGAGGCCCGGCGCAUCGAGCCAACUGUCCUCCAGGAUUCAGAUGUCCCCGUUUUCCUCUCCAACAGGACCGAGGCAACCCACCUAAACACAUCCACAUGUGAAGACAGCCAGUGUGACACAAAUUGUGCUGCUUAAGACGUUGCUGGAAAUUAUGAGAUAAAUCAAAAAAUGAAUAAAUACUUGAAUAUUUUCUUCAUAUGACUAUAGUUAACGUUUAUGGGUAAUCUGCUAUUUUGGGACUGAAUCACAGUGAGAUUAAUCAAGGGAGGCAGAGGGAAAGGACACAUCCCAGUCAGUGCUUUAGUUCAUUAGUGAGCAUCUGUAUGCUGUGCACACACAAGUCAGACCCUAAAUACAAAACGCAAACUGUAUGCACUUUCCAAAUGAAUUGAGUGA